GAACCAACUAAUACAUCCUUCCUCUAUGAAAACUCCCGUGUUUUAACCUUAAUUUGUACAUAUUUCAAUCAAAAAGUACAUUAAAAUAAUUCACUAAAUUUCCAAUCAAGCCAAAAGCCUGUUAAAGUUGCUGUGUGGUAAAUUUAAAAUGCAGACUAAUGCUUGUAACGUUUGUGGUGGUUCGGAUAUGAACCUCGUUGACGGGUUUUAUUAUUGUGUUGAAUGCGGCACGCAAAAUCAGAACAUUCAAGAAAGCGUUGUUGAUUCUGCAGCCUUCAUUGGCUUGUACACGAGAAACGCAAAAUCAAAACUUCAAAAUGUGCGGGAGAAAAUGAAUUUGGGUCCAGAGUGGUGUAAGUGGCACGCAUAUAAUUUCAUUGUAGCUGGUUUAACUGAUGAGUUAAUUGCAGUAGGCGCAGCGCCUAGUGUUAAACAAAAAGUGCUGUGGAUUUGGACGAGAUAUAUGAAAUUCUUUAAAUUGAAGGAUAAUAGACCUAAAAGUCAGUUUUUUGGUAAUGACGAUGAUAACCAAGAGGCAUGUAACGAAAAGGCAGAUCAUGAUGAUAAUGGCAAAGUUGACAAUGUAAAUGAAAUUAAUGACAACGUUGAUAAUGUUAAUGAAAAUAAUGACAACGUUGAUAAUGUUAAUGAAAAUAAUGACAAAGAUGUUGAUGAAAAUAAUGAGGAACUCGAUGAAAAUGAUGUCAAUGAUUCUGAUGCUGAAGCUUAUAGAAGUAAUGACAGUGAAGCAAGCGAUGAAAAUGAUGAUGAUUUAGAAUCAAAUGAUAGUGGUGAUGGUAAAUAUGCAGAUAGAAUGGAAAGAGCCAGAUUUCUCAUCAAACAUGUCACGAAGGCUGUUAUUAUUGCAAUAUUUUAUGUCGCAUUGAACUUAGAUAAAAGCGAUAUUCAAUUACCACACUUGUUAAGGUAUGUAAGGUGGCGAUAUGUUGAUUUUACCACCUGUACCAAAUAUAUUCCGAAAGAUCUGGACGUUAAGGCAAUUCCACGCUUUUCGAAAUUUCGAAUAUCAACAACAAAUCUAUACAAACAGCAUACGAUUCGCAGAAUGGGGUUUGCGCUGAUGAAAGUUUUAAAUCUGGGGCUCCCUGUAGUACCAGAUUUUAGGAAAAUGGCGGACAAUUAUGCAAAAGAUCUGUGUGUACCAGACCAUUUUAAAGAAUUGGUUUUUGCUCUUAUGCGUCAAUACCCAAGCAAACAAGCCAAAAAAUCUAUCAUAUUACCAGACUACGAAGCUAUAUGCUUAUCUUAUUUUGUAGUUGCAUUUAAAUUAUGUUUCGGUUUGGAUGAUGAAUAUGAAAAGAAAGUGUCUAAUGUUGUUGAUAAAAUGAAUGAUGAAAAGAAUUUAAGUAAAUCAUAUAAAUUUGGUUCUCACUGUUCAAAUUCAGGCAGGAUGUUUUCCUUUAAAGAAUGGUGCGAAUAUAUGAAGUUGCGCAAAAUGAUUGUCGCCAAACACAACUUGCGAAUGGCGAGGUUGUUCAAAUUGGAUGUAAAUGAUUACGUAUUGUUGGAACACUUGGAGAGAAUUCAAAUUAAACCGCCCUCAUUGGCAAGUGACAUAGUAAAAGAUAUGCUAAAUAAAAUUCCUCUAAAGACUGAAAUGGCUGUUAUUCCGAAAGAGGAAUUUGAUUUGAGCUUUACACCCAUGUCGUCAUACACUGACGUUAUCUUAGAUUACAUCCAAGAUCCAGAUUUGAGGUUGAUGCUAAGCGAAGACUUUACCCAGUAUUCACUAGAAUACGCAAUUAAGAGAUUGCGGCUGAUAGAAAAUAUGGAUUCUAAAAAUAUUAUUACAGGUGUUUCUAAACACAAUAAAUUUAUCAAUAAAAAUAUUAGUGGGUACUUCAGUGCUCCACCCGGUGAUGACAUUAAAAUGGUAUAUAUUAGAUUUUGUGAAAAUAAAGACGAUACUUCGAAUUUACUGCGCGAACCAAAUGCAAAAGAAUGCCAUGGCGACGAUGAAACUUCAAAAGUAGAGCCUGAGAAAGACAAUGAUGAAUGCACAGCUGUAAAUAACAAUACAAAAAAUGACACAGCCAUUACUGAUUAUAUGAAUGAACAUAAGGACAAAUCAAAACUUGACGAUGAAAUAACUUUAAUAUUAGAAAAUGAUUGUAGGAGUGUCACGUUUGUAGACUAUCCGAAUGCUUGUAUCUAUGACGAUGACAAUAAAGACGAUGUUAAAGAAGCUAUAGCAAUGAUGAGUGAAUCCUUUGGCAGCUUUAAAGAUGACGGGAAUUUUUUUGAUUAUAUCAGUAGUAAUUGUUUACAAAGUCCUGUAACCAAAAGCUAUGAAGCUCCAAAUUCGCCUGAAAGUGUAGAUCGGAAAACUAUGAUAAAUGAAUUGAUUCGACAUGUCUGCACCACCCACAAGAUAAGUUUGCCGCGUAAACUUCAAUAUUGCAAAGUGGACCGAAAUACAUCUGAGAAAAAUAAACCCAGGAAAGAAAAGUAUAUUCCUGCCGAUUACAGAACUGGUUUACAUAAGAGAAAAUGUGAAUCAUUAACUUUUAUGAUGCUGCAGAGCUAUUACAACAAUAUACAAGAACAAAAGAAUGAUGUUGAAGAGGACAAUCAAGAACAGAGUUGGAUAAACGAAAGUAUACAAGAGAAUGUGGAAGAAGCAUCUAAUAAUGCUGAAUUUACUUCUAAUGCAGAAAAUGAAACUAAUACUGAUAUGAUUAAUUCUACCGCUGAUGAUUGUAUAGUACAAGAAAACGACGAUGAUCAUGAAAUGGAACAGUUACUUGACUCAGAUGAAGAAGAAAGUGAAGAAGAAUUUAUUCUACCUGAAACGGCGCAGUUAAAUGAUGAGGAUAUUUCAAAAAUAGAUAAAGCUGCCGAUAGAAUCCUAGAGAAGGAAAUAGCUAGAUGUGGCAGGCCGCCAAAAAAGAAAUUAAAAUUAACCGAAAAUGACAUGAAGAAAGCAAAUGAUAAAAAAGCAGAAAAUGAAAAACUAUUGCAUCCAUCUGCAUGGGGUGUGAAAAAUUUCAGUUAUUGGAUACGACGUUAUUCUAUUCUGACUCAAAUGCAAAAAACCAAUGACUUACACGAUACAUUUAAUAUUGAAUUAUACCAAAAUUUACCAAAAUCUUUCGUGUAUGUACUGAAUGAAUGUGGUUCCCUUAUCGAUUCUUCUCCAUUUCGGUUGUACCAAAAAAUAGAACAUCUUGAACUUCAAAUUGUGAAGAAAUUAAAGAAAAAGAACAAAACACCCGAAAUAAGAAAGAGAAAAUCAAGAAUGUCUGUUAAGAAGUAAUAGUGUAAUAUUACUUAAUAGGUAACAUAACAUUCGCGUAAACUGAAUACUGCAUCAUAAGUAUUAUUUAAAAAUAUGAAGCAAAAGAGAAGUGAGAGAAGAACCGAGAAGGUAACUUCUCGAAUCUUAUUAAAGAUUGCGGAUUACGCAAGAAAUGAUAAGGUUUUUGUGAUAAUUAAGUUUACAUUGUAUUAAGUUUAAUAAUUUAUUAACAAUGGUUUAAAACUGAUAAUACAA